AUGACGAAAACGCAAAAAUCUGCGAUCUUGAUCCCAGCAUUACCACACAGGACUGUCGCAGUGGAGCGGCCACCAAGCAAAAAAAGUUUCAUGAGGGCCCCUGCAAGACAAAAAAAGGUACUUUUUGAUGUCAUUGGAAGUUAAUUCACACAAAAAUUUACAAUGAAGCUUUGUGAAAUCUACCAAAAACAUGUUUUUCGUGAAAAUAAUACUGUUUGAGAAAAAAUAAAACCAAGAAAUAAAUCAUAUGACUGGAAAAAAUAAUUGUAUAUUGAGAACUUGAUACUUUGUAAGAAAAAAAAUAUUAAAAAAAUUAUUUUUAGAUUAGUGCACACCUGAUGCGGAAAUUUGAACGAGAAGCUGACGAAAGACGUAUCAAAGCACUUCGAGCCGCUUUGGAGCAGGAGAAAAAGACGAGAAGAAUCGAAGUAUCGAGGAAAAUGGAAAAGGAGAAGCUGCUCAAGGCUGCAGAAGUUGCAGAAAAGAAACACGAGUGAGUUUAUCUCAAUUACUUGAACAGACACUGCUUUGAAUUUUUCCUCGAUUCGAAUUUUGAUCUUUUACAGGCCCAUUUUCAAGAAAAGACCAACUUCUCACUGCUCCAUCGUCCUCCAACAAACGGACACAAACGCGGUCAUCACGCUCAAAAAGCCUCUUAGCAACGUCAACGUGCAGCCGAUCACUACGAAUGAACGUAAGGACGUGGAGGAUGGGCCUACGCGCAAGCUGCCUCACAGUGCGGAGAAGACCCAAGGAACUUUCGUCACCAAACAGAAGUUCUCGGACAGUAACGAGCAGUCAUGCAAAUCGCGCAACAUCCAACCAAUCUUCGGAGACAAAUCCAAACACACGGAGAAGAAGUCGGCGCUUGAUCGGCCUUGCAAAGCGGACAAGGUCCAGCCGAUCAGUGACAACAAACCGAAGCUCCCGAAUGAUAUUACCAAGGACAAGCGGCCUCUCCCUGCGGGCAAGGAUCUUCCAACCACGGAGAAAAAAAUCAAAAUGCCCGAGAAUAGACCUGAGCUCAAGUUUCUCUACAAAACGGAGAAAAAGCAGUCAACCGUUACAGACGAAUCCAAGCUCCGGGAGAAUGAAUCCACUCUCGAUCGGCCUUACAAGACGAACCAAGUCCAGUCGACCACAAUCGAUAAACCGCAGGUAAUUUUUUCAUUCUAAUAAAAUCUGGAUCAUAAAAGCAGUAAUUCUUCAUUUAUGUUGAAGAACUCGCUUUGAUUGCAAAAUAAUGGAAUCAAAAAAUAAAUUGGAAACAUUUUCAGGCUUCUACAAUUCCAGCCAUCAAUCAAAUCGACCAAGUCCAAGCUCAGAAUCCAGCACAAGCAGCUCCACCCGCUCCAGUUCGAGCUCUUGCGCAGGCUGAAGUUGUACUCGAUCGCUACGUAUACUGCCCAGGAAAAGCUCAUUCCCACAAGCCGAGUAAGAUAUUCUUUCCAUCAAUGAACAUAGAUUUGUGAAAAAGAUUUAUACACAAUUUUUGGAGUUUCUGAAAGUCUAGGUGUUUUGAGGCGUUUUUCGAACGCGAAGGGAACUUUUUUUCCUAUCUUAGAUAAAAUCUGAAAUGAGUAGUAUGGCCUUAAAAUUACAUCAAAGUGUUCAAUACCAUAGUAGUUUUUUCAGUUUACGGAAAGCUGAAGAAAAGCAUCCCCCGAAAGAGGUGGAAUGGAAAGCUGGUCACCAAGUGAGUUCUACUCCGUUAUUUUCAAAGGAUCAAGCGACUUUUUUCAGUUGUCGAAGUUGUGGUUUCUUUCCUGUGUACUUGCUUCCCUAUUGUGAAGCAAGCGGGCCGCUUAUCAAGGGUCCUGGAGAAGUACCGUCUGUAGCAAAGCAGGAAAAGAUCCCACCUUUCAUCAUCAACAUCGGCGAACUCAGAAAGGCUCAAAAGCUUCGAAAAAAGAUUCCUUUGGUUAAAAUUGAUCUCAUGGCUCUUUCUAAACUUCCGACCUCUCCAAACGCUGCUCGGAGCGUUUUGAGAAAGAUUGGAAAACACUAA